UAACAGCCCCAGCCCCGCCACAGAGACCAUGGAUUCCACUGACAAGGCCUUCCAGAAAUCGUCCGACAUGCAUAUUUACCACGAUGUGUUACAAUGUGUUGUGCGAUAAAUAUGCAACUAGGCAGAUGUACAGCUACUGUCCGAGCUGGGCGCUAAACUGGGAUUACAGGAAGAAGGGCAUUCUCGAGGAGAUCCGGCAUUACGGGGCCGACAUUAUCAAUCUCCAAGAAGUCGAAAUGGAACAGUUUUACAAUUUUUUUUUACCGGAACUAAAAGCCGAUGGUUAUGAUGGAAUUUUCUCGCCAAAAUCUCGGGCCAAAACUAUGACGGAAAGCGAAAGGAAAUACGUAGAUGGAUGCGCUAUAUUUUACAGAACAUCAAAGUUCACUUUAGUUAAAGAGCACCUUGUUGAGUUUAAUCAGCUUGCAAUGGCAAACGCUGACGGUUUAGAUCACAUGCUGAACCGCGUGAUGCCGAGGGACAACAUCGGUCUUGCUGCACUGCUGAAGACGACAGAAGCGGCCUGGGAGAAUGCACCUUCAGAAGGGCCGCUGGUUCAACAGCCAGUGCUGGUGUGCACCGCGCACAUCCACUGGGAUCCCGAAUUCUGUGAUGUAAAGUUAAUUCAAACAAUGAUGCUAAGCUACGAACUUAGGGCUAUUUUAGAUGAGGCGGCGCAAACGCUGCGCUCGACCGAUAACAUCAACAUCGACGCGAGCAGCAUUCAAAUGGUCUUGUGCGGCGAUUUCAACUCGCUUCCCGACUCGGGGGUUAUAGAGUUUUUGACCUCCGGUCGCGUUUCGCUCGACCACAAGGACUUCAAGGAUCUCAGCUACAAGCAGUGUCUUGAAAAAAUAUCAAGCUGUGAUAAAUCCAAUGAGUUUACACAUUCCUUCAAGCUCGCUUCUGCGUAUAGCGAAGACAUCAUGCCAUACACCAAUUACACGUUCGAUUUCAAAGGCAUAAUCGACUACAUCUUCUAUUCGAAAAGUACAAUGACGCCCCUGGGUCUUCUGGGGCCCCUGUCGCCGGACUGGUUGCGGGAUAACAAGAUCGUCGGUUGUCCCCAUCCUCACGUUUUCUCCGACCAUUUUCCCCUGCUGGUCGAACUUGAAAUGGUGCCCACGAUAACGGCGCCAGUAAACGGAAUCAUCGGUCAUAGGUAGCAAAUGAAGUGAUGUAGUAUGUAAGUCAUUGUCGCCUUGCAGUCCAGUACCUGGCCGCAUCAACUGACAGUGCGCUGCUUUCAUUCACAAAAAAAUUAAAUGGACAACUACAACCUUGACGACAUGCGAAUAAAAACAAACAAAUCGGUCGCUUUGGUAUUGGCUCACUAGGUACCUGACGUGAUCUAUUAUCCAUCGUCCUAAAGCUUUAAAGUAAACUGAAACAACAUCCUCCGUUCACUAUUCCUCCCAAUCUUCGUCUUCUUGUGGUUUUUAUGCGUUCAUCUGUUCCCUCUCCUCUUUUUUCUUCUACUUACCGUACAAACAGACACCAUUUUUGUCACCACACUUAUACUUACCUGCCUUCUUAUUAUUUUUUUCUUUUUUAUAUAUAUGUACAGCUAUUUCACGAAAUUGAAGACACAUAUGCGCACAUGGCGUUACUAGUAACUUCCCUUGUCCUCCCCCCCCCCCUUCUCUUAAUCGUCAUCGAUCCUUGGAAAAUUCGCACUCGCCAUACGUAUGCAUAUUUGAAGCUUUAAAAAAUUAUUGUACCGACCUACUUUGCCUUUCAUCCAACAUAAAAUAAAAUUCCGAUUGAUUUUUUUCUUAACAAAUGAAUAAAUAAAUAAAUAAAUAAUAUAGUAAGAACAACAAUAAGUAAAAAAGCGAAAUAUAAGUUUUACGUAAAUUCUUUAAACUCGAAAGAAAUAAUCCACUUUCUACAUACAUAACAGACGUCAAAUUUUUUGCUUUUGUCUUGCAUAACUUUUAAUAUUUUCUCGUUUAUAGUAGUGAACACAUGAUAGAGGUUGUUUUUAGUUAUUGUUUACAUAUGUACCAUUUUGGACGUGUCUUUUUUUUUUGUCAAAAUAAUCUAUUUUACAUGCUCCAUGCCCAAGAACUUCUGUUUUUAGUGUCCACUGUCCCCCUCAUAUUCAAACUUCCCCUUAUACUGACGACUCUUGCGGUGGGUACGUACUCGUGCAGUACGUACAAGAUAAUUUUACCGUUUUUAUGUAUUAUUUUCAUUUGUAGAUAUAAUAGAUUUUAUGUAAGUGACCGGAAACGUCCGGCAGUUGCAAGCGAAGGGGGCGCAGUCCGAUCGCUCUUAUGAAAUUUGUAUGUAUAUAUACAGGUGUAUAUGUAAUAGGUACCUAUAUAUUUUGCAAACGUUCUCCUUAUUUUUUUUCCCUUCUUCUUAGUCAAUUGCUAAAUUAUUUAUUGUUGAGUGUAAUUUUAUUAUGGAUUCACGUGUGAUAUAAAAAGAUAUUUAUAUAUAUAUGUAUAUGUAUGUAUUUGAGUACGGGCGGCCAACUUUCAUGCAACUGACGAAAGUUUCGUUUACACUUUGAAUAAAGUAACUCUUUUGUAAAUCUGUUGUGCUUUCUGUAUUUUCGAUUUUGAUCAAAUUCAAUGCUUCGUUGUGUUGUACUAGAUUACUAAAUUCGUCCCCUAUAAGCAUCGCGAAACAUAAAAUUCACUUCCAUAAUUUAUCGGAUAUAUCUGGACCAUUAUUUAAAAGAAAUAAACGUACUAGUUUUUUAUCACAAACUUAUUUAAGAAUAAUUGACUUCUUUUAACAGAAUUAGACUGUUCUAUAUUUUUGUUUAGGAAUCAAAAAUGUUUAGCUGUUAAAUCAAUUAAAUGAAUAAUUAGGCAAAAAGUAGACGACUAUAAGGUAUUUUCACGAAUUACAGUAUGAAUUAGUACCAUUUACUGUUUACAUAAAUACGAAUAUGUAUAGGAAUUAAAGAAAAAAAUGAUCAUACUUUUAUGACUUUUUGGGCAAGCUAGAAAAAAGACUUGCAAAUGUGGAGAAUAGGGCUGAAGGCCCUUUUUGGUCUCAUUUUAGGGUGAAGAGACACAGGUGAGACGUAAGUAAUGAAGACAGAAAAGAAAUUAACGAUUAAGUGUAUAAUAUUAUUAGUGCCCCAGAAUUAUCCUAAAUGAUCCAAGAAAACAAUAGAAAAGUUUCCUGGUCUUUUCUGAGAUCUGUUUGGAUCAUAUAUGCAAUUUUUGAAGCAAUAAUAUUGUACAUAGAAUCUUUAAUUUCUUUUCUAACUUCAUUGCAUCUAUCUCAGCUGUUCCUCCCCAAGCACUAUUACCCAUCCAUUCUCAUGUUUUCAAAAGGGAGACUAAAGAGAGUCUACCGCUUUACCCUCCAGCUUUGCACCAGAGUGUUGGUUGGAGGAAUUUUCUGCCCACUUGCUGUGUUACUUUUUUUAAUCUUUCAACUUAAUAUUUGCGCUCAUCUAUAUCCAAAAGUUAGACCGGGUGUUUACGUUAGAAAAUAUUUCAGUUCAAACAUUUUUUUUUUUUUCAAACGACUCAAA